CCCUUCUAAUCCAAGAUGGCUCCCACGUGGCUUCCAUUAAUUACUGCAGCGCUGUUCUCUUGUGCCUUUGUUGCUUGCGAGCCAGCGGAAGAUUUUAAUCAAAGAACAUAUGUGAAAUAUUUAACAAAUCCACCACGCAUUGAAACCUACCCAAAAGAUCAAACUGUUGCAAGUGGUGGUAUUGCAAUUUUUUUGUGUACUGCUGUUGGCAAUCCAAAUCCGCAAAUUGAAUGGCGAAAAAAUGGCAAAAGAGUAACAACACAGCGCUAUUCUGCCAUAGAUAUGCCUAAUGGAUCUGUACUUAGAAUCGAACCUGUGAGAGCUGGAAGAGACGAUGCCACUUAUGAAUGUGUAGCUGAAAAUGGAGUUGGGGAACCCGUGAGAGCUUUAGCUGAUCUCAUUGUUCUUAAUGAAAAUGCAUUACCACCUGGGUUUCCUACAUUCAUAAGACAGCCUAACACGCAGGGCAUUGAGAAAGGUCGAAGUGCGUUGCUGCCUUGCCAACUUGAAGGGGAUCCUGAACCAACUGUGAAAUGGUUAAAAGAUAUGAUACCAUUAGAUAUGACCAUUUCUCGAUUUUCCUUAGUUCAAGGAUAUUCCUUGCAAAUCACUGAUGCUGAAGAGGAAGAUCAAGGAAAUUAUGAAUGCCUGGCUGAAAAUAUACAUGGUUCUGCCUUAUCUGUUAUGGGUACCUUAUUUGUUCGAGUGAGACGUGUUCCACCUUAUUUUUCAAUUCGACCUGAAAAUCUUUAUGAAGUGAUGCCGGGCAGUGCUCUGAACAUUACAUGUGUGGCUGUUGGUUCCCCAAUGCCAUUUGUUAAGUGGCGAAAAGGUUUAAUGGAUGUAACACCAGAUAAUACUAUUCCGAUUGGCAGGAAUGUUUUGGUUUUGGCAGAUAUAUCAGAAUCUGCUAAUUACACAUGUAUUGCAGCAUCAAAGUUGGGUAAUAUUGAAACUACUGCUCAAGUUGUUGUGCAAGCACUGCCACGGCCACCCACAAACGUCAGAAUUUCUGAUGUAACUGCUACAUCUGUUCGUUUAUCAUGGUCAUAUGAUAUAGGUUCAGAGAACAUAAUUUAUUAUGUUAUUCAGUACAAACCAAAGCAAGCCAAUCAGGAAUAUAGUGAAAUUAGUGGAAUCACCACCAUGUUCUACACAGUACGUGAUCUGAGCCCUUACACAGAGUAUGAGUUUUAUGUUAUUGCCGUCAAUGGUAUUGGACGGGGUUCCCCAAGUACUCCCGUACAUGCAACCACAGGAGAAACAGAUUACAGGACUGAGCCAGUGGAGUCCCUUGGAGGCAGCAAACCUGGUAGUGCUCCCAGAAAUGUUCAAGCUAGACCUCUGAGCUCUAGCACUAUUGUCAUCCAGUGGGAUCCUCCAAAAGAGCCAAAUGGACAAGUUACGGGUUACAAAGUGUAUUACACUACACGGCCGAAUCUUCCCACAUCUGCCUGGAAUACUCAGCCUGUAGAUAAUAACCAAUUAACUACCAUAAGUGACCUAACUUCCCAAACUAUUUAUACUAUCCGUAUCCAAGCCUUCACUAGUCGCGGUCCUGGUCCUCAUUCUGCCCCAGUUCAAGUAAAAACUCAACAAGGAGUCCCUAGUCAGCCAAGUAAUUUGCGUGUUCUUGCAACAUCUUCGACUUCAGUUCUUGUUUCGUGGUCAAAACCCUCUCAUCCUGGCGAGAAGGUUAUUGGAUAUGAUUUAUAUUGGAAUGAUACAUUUACUCAGCAGCAAUACCACCAGAGCUUACCAGAUAUUGAUUCUUAUACUUUAACCAAUCUAUACCCAGACACUCUAUAUUACGUUUGGGUUGCAGCUAGAUCACGACAAGGAGAAGGUGCAGCUACGCCACCAUCUCAAGUUCGUACUGACCAAUAUGUGCCUGGCGCCCCUCCCCAAGACGUACGCGGCUCUGCCGUAAACUCCCGUUCCCUACGCGUCACCUGGAAACCCCCUCCCCGAGAACAGCAGAAUGGUGCCAUCACCUAUUAUAAGAUCAAGUACCUGAAGGCUGAAAGUGGAGAUGACCUGGCUAAGGCCCAGGAGAUACGCGUGGAAGCCGAUCAACGGUCAUAUGUAAUUGAAGUAUUGGAAAAGUGGACCGAGUAUAGGAUCUGGGUGCUUGCCGGAACUGACGUGGGCGAUGGCCCACCAUCUUCGCCGAUUGUAGUGCGCACAGAUGAAGAUGUGCCUGGAGAACCAAGACAAGUUAAAGUGACUGUAAUCAACAGUACAGCUCUAAAUGUGAAAUGGAAACCUCCAGCCAAUAAAGAUCGUAAUGGUCUAAUUCGGGGUUAUCAGAUUCAUGUUCAAGAAAUAACAAGCAAUGGAGAUUUAGUUAACGAGCCAAAACGAUAUGAUGUUGCCGAUGAAAAUGCGGAGGAAUAUAAUGUAACAAAACUCCAGCCUGCAACCCUUUAUGCAGUGCAAGUUGCAGCAGUAACAAGAAAAGGGGAUGGAACUCGUAGCAAGGUUAAAACAGAAAGGACUCUGGGUGGGGUGCCAACACGUCCAGAAUUAACUGCACAGCUCAUUCAAGAAGAACCAAGUCUUGUUGCUCAAGUGCAGUGGUCACGCCCCACUGAUACUUAUGGUCAACUUAUGAGUUAUAAGCUGCGUUAUGGUCGAUCAGAUACACAGGAAAUGAUAGAGCGAGAGAUAAAUCCAUCAGACCAAGUCCAUCAGAUACCUAAUUUAGAACGAGGAGCUCGUUAUGAAUUUUAUUUAUCAGGAAAAAAUGGUCGUGGAUGGGGUCAAGAAGCUUAUGCAUACCUGGAUACUCCAGAAGGAGUGCCUACUGCACCUCCACAAAACUUGUCUCGUCGUCUGCAAAGCCCUACAGGAGUUGUAAUCACUUGGAACCCUCCCCCACCUCAAUUUAGAAAUGGUCGAAUAACCCAGUACAGUAUAAAAUUUCAUAAGACAUCUGAUGGCUCAGUUAUUGAAAAGACUACAAAUGAAACUCGGAUGGUGUUCAGUAGUUUGGAUGAAAACACUGAAUACAGUUUCCAAGUCUGUGCUCACACCUCAAAAGGUCCUGGUCCAUGGAGCCCUAGAAUGACUGUUCAAACUCCUGGAGAUGUGCCUCCUGCUCCAACUAAUGUUCAAGCUGUAGCUACAUCUGAUCAGUCGGUGGAAGUAUGGUGGGACCAAGUGCCAUAUUUUCUAGAUAUUCUUGGAUAUGAGGUUUUAUACAUCCAAAGUCCUGUUGAAGAUUUGGAUCAGUGGAGUAAUAAAAGUGUUCCAUUGACAUGGUCAGCAGAAUUGACUGGUCUAGAUAGUCAUGCAAUGUAUGCUAUUCGAGUAGCCGCCAGGACACGCCAAGACUUAGGUCGCUUGUCUGAAUUAAUUACAGUUCGAGUAGCUCCUACAGAUGUUCCAACUCAACUCAGAGCCCAAGAUGUGACAACUCACAGUAUGUCUCUGUCAUGGCGUAGACCAUCGAAACUUGAUCCUAUAAAGUAUAAGAUAUCAUAUGGAGCCCACAAAGAAUUUUAUGACAGCCAGGGAAAUCUUCAAAAGCUUCCUAUUCCUACUCAUACAGUAUUUGUUGAAGCAGAUGUCACAGAAUAUUCGGUAGAUAAUCUGAUGCCUUUUACUAGCUAUCAAGUGAAUAUCACUGCGAUUCCUAUGGAUGAAACCUUCAGACCUCCUGCAAAAAUAACUGUGACCACUGCUAUGGCUGCACCAAAACCUAUGGUUAAACCUGAUUCAUUUGGAGUAAAAAAUGGGUGGGAAAUUACUGUGAUAUUGCCUAAAGCAUCAGAAGAGUAUGGUCCUAUUAGUCAUUAUUUCUUAGUUGUCGUACCAACUGAAGAAGCUGUUAAGGAUCCUGGAGAAUUUACUAUUGAUGAGCUUUCUUCUACACCAUCAGAACAAAUAGGCCCGUAUAUUGCAGCAAAAUUUUUACAUCGUUCAAUGCCCGAAAUAUUUCCUUUGGGUGAUGGCAAAAUGUAUGGAGGUUUUCUGAACCGUAGGCUCCAUCAUGAUCAAAAAUACAGCAUAUUUGUCAGAGCAGUUGUCGAUACGCCACAAAAGAGCCUAUAUACUAGUAGUCCCUUCUCUGAUCCACUGAGCCUCGAUAUGACACCUGUUCGUGGCCCAACCCCUCCCAUCGAAACUGGAGGAGUUGAUAAGCCUGAUAUGUCACACAUUGACAACAACAAGGCUCAGAUAAUAUGGAUAAUAGUCCCUGUUAUAGCUCUGAUUUUCCUGACUUUUUUUGCUAUCGGAAUUUUCUUAAUGAAAAGGAAUUUCCCUGAACUCUAUAGAAGGCGACAAAUGGCAAAGACACCUGGAGGUGAAACUACCAUGAAGCUCUUGAUGACAACAGCAGAGAGAGAACUACCUAGCCAUCCAACGGAUCCUGUGGAAAUUCGUCGUAUGAACUACCAGACACCAGCAAUGAUUAAUCAUCCUCCAAUCCCAAUCACUGAGCUUGCCAACCAUAUCGAGAUGCUUAAAGCCAAUGAUAAUUUAAAAUUUUCUCAAGAAUAUGAGUCCAUUGAACCUGGCCAACAGUUUACAUGGGAAAAUUCCAACCUGGAGAUAAACAAGCCCAAGAACCGAUAUGCAAAUGUUAUUGCUUAUGAUCACAGCAGGGUUGUUUUGCAGUCUCUUGAUGGUAUUGCAGGAUCUGAUUACAUAAAUGCUAAUUACUGUGAUGGUUAUAGAAAACAAAAUGCUUACAUUGCAACUCAAGGCCCUCUACCUGAAACAUUUGGUGAUUUCUGGAGAAUGGUGUGGGAGCAGAGAAGUGCAACAAUUGUAAUGAUGACUAAGUUGGAGGAAAGAACUCGAAUAAAGUGUGAUCAGUAUUGGCCAAUGCGAGGAACUGAAACGUAUGGUGUAAUGCAAGUCACUUUGUCUGAUGUUCAGGAAGUGGCAACCUAUUGUAUACGAACUUUGCAUAUCUCAAGGAUGAAUCAGACUGGGGAGAAACGUGAAGUUCGUCAGUUCCAGUUUACAGCCUGGCCUGAUCAUGGAGUUCCUGACCAUCCAACUCCCUUUUUAAUGUUCUUGAGAAGAGUCAGAAGUAUGAAUCCUCCAGAGUCAGGGCCGAUGAUUGUUCAUUGCAGCGCUGGUGUAGGAAGGACAGGCUGUUUUAUAGUUAUUGAUUCUAUGCUUGAAAGAUUGAAAAAUGAAAACACUGUUGAUAUUUAUGGGCAUGUGACAUGUCUAAGAGCUCAGCGUAAUUACAUGGUUCAGACUGAGGACCAGUAUGUUUUUAUUCACGAUGCUGUGCUAGAAGCUGUUAUAGCUGGCAAUACUGAAGUUCCUGCUCGCAGUCUUUUCGUCCACAUUCAGCAGCUAAUGCAAGUGUUACCUGUAGAAGGAUGUAGUGGCAUGGAACUGGAGUUUAAGAAACUAGCAAAUAUGAAAACUCAGUCAAGCAAAUUUGUCAGUGCUAAUUUGCCUGUCAAUAAAUUCAAAAAUAGAUUAAUGAAUAUUCUUCCAUAUGAAUCUACAAGAGUGUGCCUACAGCCUAUACGAGGUGUUGAUGGUUCUGAUUAUAUUAAUGCUAGUUUCAUAGAUGGUUACAAAUAUCGUAAUGCAUAUAUAGCUACUCAAGGCCCUCUUCCUGAAACAACAGAAGAUUUCUGGCGUAUGCUAUGGGAGCACAAUUCAAAUAUUGUGGUUAUGCUUACAAAGCUCAAAGAAAUGGGAAGAGAAAAAUGCCACCAGUACUGGCCAAGCGAACGAUCCCAGCGUUAUUUGUAUUUUGUUGUGGAUCCUAUUACAGAAUAUAAUAUGCCUCAAUAUAUCCUGCGAGAAUUCAAAGUAACAGAUGCAAGGGAUGGGCAAUCCAGAACUAUCCGUCAAUUUCACUUCACUGAUUGGCCGGAGCAAGGUGUGCCAAAAUCUGGAGAUGGCUUCAUAGAAUUUAUAGGUCAAGUACAUAAAACAAAGGAACAAUUUGGACAAGAAGGUCCAAUUACUGUGCACUGCAGUGCUGGUGUCGGUCGUAGUGGAGUUUUCAUCACAUUGAGCAUAGUAUUGGAAAGAAUGCAGUAUGAAGGUGUUGUAGAUGUGUUUCAGACUGUUCGAACUUUGCGUACGCAGCGCCCAGGCAUGGUUCAGACUGAG